AUGUACGCGCCCAAUGUAGGUCCGGGCUUGUCGGACGACCAGUUUCUACAGUGGGGAAGUGCAGCUCAGGUACCGCAAUCCUAUGACAAUAACGCCGCAUAUGGCAUCAAUAACUCCUACCAACAACCACAGCCCUCAAACCAGCUUACACGUCGGCCGAUGAAUCAGCUCACUCGUCAAGUUGGGAAUCAAUGGCAAGACCAGAAUGGCACACCCCCAGCCGGUGACAGCGCCUGGUCCGACGAUAUCCAAGAUUUGGAAGCCAAAGCUCAAGUAGCCAAACGGGAGGCGCAGUCCAAGCGCAAGCAAAUUCCGCCUUUCGUACAAAAGCUGAACAGUUUCCUGGAGGACGGCAAAAACACAGAUCUCAUCCGCUGGUCAGACGACGGCAAUUCCUUCAUUGUGCUGGAUGAGGACGAGUUUGCCAAAACCCUUAUCCCCGAAUUGUUCAAGCAUAACAACUAUGCUUCUUUUGUUCGACAGCUCAAUAUGUACGGCUUCCACAAGAAAGUCGGACUGUCGGACAACUCCAUGCGCGCGAGUGAGCGUAAGAACAAGAGUCCCAGCGAAUACUCGAAUCCGUACUUCCGUCGUGGGCACCAAGAUCUCCUGUGGUUGAUCCAGAAACCGAAAAAUGCUCCUACCAAGAAGGGCAAGAAGGCGGACGCCGAGCAGGCCGAUGAGGAUAUUGACGAGUAUGUGGAGGAUAUUCAACCGCCGGUCAGCGCCGUACGCCCCCGCCCUCAAUUAGCUCUCAGCCAAGGUGACAAUGCCCUAUCGCCGGAGCAAUUCCAGUCAAUACAGCGUGAGCUACAAACCAUCAAGCAUCAGCAAGCUCAGAUCCAGCGAAUGAUGGCCGAACUUAGACGAGAGCAAGAGACACUCUACAGCCAGGCUGGCAACUUCCAAAACCAACAUACUCGCCAUGAAAACUCCAUCAACGCCAUACUCACUUUCCUUGCCACCGUCUACAACAGAUCACUUCAAGGUCAUGAGGGCAUGCAAGGCAUACAGAACCUCUUCUCGGGCGCCAUCCCAAACGAACAGCGUUCUGGCACUGUAGUCGACGUGGGUGACUACAGUUUCGACAAUCCCGUUGGUCCCGAAGCCUCGCCCGGCAAACCCUACAAGAAGCCUCCACUUCUCAUUACCGACGGCUCGCAGCAAGGCCGUGCCUCUACUAUGUCACCUUCGACCGCCGCUACUUCUCCUUACCCCGGUCGUAAUACCCGACGCACUUCGCAGCAGUAUCGCACGUCUGAUACUCCGCAACCUGCUGUCGAAGAAGUUUUCGAUAUGGGCAACACUCCUCAAUCCAAUCAAGCAGAUAUCAUGAAUGUCAUUCACAACGCCAACGCACGCAAUGGUUCCUCGCCAGGCAAUGCUGUCGCACCAGAUUUCAGCAACAUGAUCUCCACCUUGGAGAAUUCUGGUGGCGCGAAUCCCCUCAAUUCAACCCAACGUGCUGACAUGCUGCGGCUCAUCAACUCCAGUGUGGGAGAUCCCUCGAAAGGUGGUGACAACGCACUCAUCAAUGCUACCCCGCCGCCUGGUCCCUCCAACUUCGACCGCCAGCUCGCCAGCUCAAAAGCGAGCUAUGAUAGCCUAGCCAAGAUGCAAGCUGAACAAGACAAGAGUGUGCAAAAUCUUACGAAUCUCCUGCAACCCCUCUCUCCAUCAGGUUCAAUACCUGGCAUCCAUGACAACGCCAACCUCCCUCCGGCGCCAUGGGACGUGGAUGACUUUCUCAGCGCCGGUCACGACUACUUCGGCGACUUCCCUCCCGACGGUAAUUUUGAUCCUACCAACACGAACCUCGGUGUGGACGGCGCAGGCGCAAACGCCAUGGGCGGCUUUGAUGAUUACGAUGAUAUGUUUGGUGGCGUGCCCAACCCUGUCGAUCCUAAUGGUGCGGGCAAUGGCCGCGUAGACAGCGCCAGUGUGGCGUCCAGCGAGGUGGCGACUCCGGAAGAUGACGAGGACGGUAAAUUGGCUCGCAAAGGUCGGAAGUUGUCUGUCAAUGAAGCUGAUGCACCGAAGAAGCGGUCACGCCGGGGCUAG